AUGCUCAGCCGUGCCGUUCUGCCGCUGGCAAGGGCUCGGCCAGUGCCAUCGACUCUCCGAGUAUCCAUCACAGCAUCGCCAUAUCCGCGAUGGUACGCUCAGAAUAAAAAGUCACGGACACCAUACACCCUUCCGCCCAAAUCCAAGCACGCACAGUCGAAGCCAGCCCAGCCGCAAAGCAACUCACAGCCAAAAGAGAAGCCUAGCAAGCCAUCGCCUCAGCCCGACGUAUCCCCUGAACAGCCCGAAUUCGACACCAUAGCUCAGGGCGAAAAAAAAAAAGCGCAAAAGCCCCUUCCGGACUUGACACAGGGUAUUCCAUCUACAUUGGGAGCGGAACUCGAUGCAGCGCGCAAGGGACGUGGAUCAACUUCCCUCAACUUGACCGAAGACCCCUCCCAGCAGGAAUACGAAGACGAAGGCGCUGGUGGCGGUCGGUCCCAAGAUGCCUACGAAUCUUCGUUAGAUCGCCGAAGAGCACGUGUCGCCAAUAUCAUGUCUGGCGUUGUACUUGCAGGUAUUUUCAGUGGAGUGCUAUAUCUAGGCCGAAACUGGGAUUCGGAGGAGGAAGCUAAAGCACACAAGGAUACUCCAUCGGGAUGGGGUAUUGGCCUUUUCUAUAAUCGGAUCAAAGCUCGUCUCGACGGCUUGACCAGUUAUUACAGGGACCCUGCUUUUGAAAAAUUGCUUCCUGAUGAAGAUCCCUCGUUGAGACAGCCAUAUACAUUGGUACUGAGUUUGGAAGACCUUCUAGUCCACAGUGAGUGGACAAGAGAGCAUGGAUGGCGCGUGGCUAAGCGACCUGGUGUCGACUACUUUCUACGCUAUCUCAACCAGUACUAUGAACUUGUGCUCUUCACUAGCGUUCCUAGCAUGAUGGCAGAUCAAGUUCUGCGAAAGCUGGACCCUUUCCGCAUUAUUAGAUGGCCAUUGUUCCGUGAAGCCACUAAAUAUAGAGAUGGCGAAUACGUGAAGGACCUGUCUUACUUGAAUCGCGAUCUUUCCAAAGUCAUUCUCAUCGAUACCGUGCCCGGUCACGCUCGUGAACAGCCAGAAAACGCUAUCAUUCUUCCCAAGUGGAAAGGCGAAGCGAAGGAUAAGUCUCUUGUCGCUUUGAUACCUUUCCUUGAAUACGUGGCUGGAAUGAACGUGGAGGACGUACGUCCGGUCAUUAAGUCAUUUGAGGGUACAUAUAUCCCGGCGGAAUUCGCCGAGCGCGAGAAGAAGAUGCGUGAGAAAUUCCAAAAACAGAUGGAAGAAGAGCAGAAAGGCCGACCCCGUCGCGGCGUGGGCAGCCUUGCCGGCCUUCUAGGUUUGAAACCACAGAGUUCGAUUGACGGCCAAAGCCCCGCUGAGGAACAAGGCAAAAUGCUCUGGGAUCAGAUACGUGAGCGUGGCCAGAAGAACUAUGAGAUGAUGGAGCAAGAAAUUCGUGAGAAUGGAGAGACAUGGCUCAAAAUGAUGGCCGAGGAAGAGGAGAAGGCUCGCCAGGAGCAGAUGCAGAGUAUGAAAGGAAGCGUCACCAGCUUCUUCGGUGCUGGCGGGGGGUCUCAGGGUGAGCGGAAAUAA